AUGCCUCACAACUAUGCAAAAGACGAUCAGGAUGGAAAUCCGGAGGAUAUCAAGGUCGGCCUUCAUAUCCAAACAAGCUGGAAGUCUCUUUCCAGUUUCACAUCACGAAAACAUCUACCUAUUCUAAUCACCGGAUCGAUUUUCGCUCUGUUCGCGGGUUGUGUGACCCCCAUUCUGGCAGUCCUGCUAGGAAAUGUUUUUGAUGCCUUUACAUCAUUUGGAGCUGGACAGUCGGAUGCCGAUACGUUGCGCUCCAAAAUUGCGGCAAACUGCCUAGGAAUGGUAGGGCUCGGAGCUGCUGGUUGGUUCCUCAACGGCGCAUAUUUCAUGAUCUUUGUUGCAUUUGGGGAAUUUCAAGCUGCAAGCAUCCGUGGAAAGGUUUUCACCGAGUUGCUGAAACGUGAUAUCGAAUGGUUCGAGGCGCAACGAGAAGGAUCUGGGGCGUUUCUGUCGGGCAUUCAAGCUUAUAUCCAUGAUCUACAACUAGCGACUUCUCAGCCAAUUGGUCUAUUACUACAAUAUGCAUGUCGAUCAGUAGCUUCAUUGAUACUGGCCUUGGUGAUCUCGUGGAAGCUAUCUCUAGUCACUCUCGCUGGGUUUCCCAUAUUCUCUGCUUUGAUCGCCUAUCUCUCCACGCGCAUGAACUCGAGUAUUUCAGCACAGCAGAACGAACUUACAUUCGCCUCUCAAAUUGCAAACAAUGCCAUUUCAUCUAUCGACACGGUUAAAUGUUUGAAUGGUCAGGCGUUCGAGGGGCAAAACUUCGCAACUAAAAUUGAGCAGUCUGCGAUUCACUAUCUCCGACAAGCGCGACUGAACUCUUUGCAGAUUGCACUAAUACGGUGGAUGAUGUUCGGGAUGUUUGUUCAGGGGUUCUGGUACGGUAGUAGCCUUGCACGCGAUGGGGCCUUAACCUCUGGAGAUGUCAUCACAACGUUCUGGGCCUGCACAACUGCUGCUCAGUCAAUCGAGCAAGUUCUUCCGCAGAUGAUCGUGAUGGAAAAGGGUAAAGUAGCAAGCACAAUACUCAGGAAACUGAUGCGUGCUUCCACGGAAGAUGAAUUCCACAGUGAAAGCAAGGGCACGAUUUAUCCUCGUCGUUGUCAUGGUGACAUUGAAGUUAACAAUGUGUCAUUCUCUUAUCCGUCCCAGCGAGACAAAUGUGUUUUGAACCCUUCAACAUUAUUCUUCCCGGCGGGAGACACAACCUUCGUGAUAGGCAAGAGUGGAUCAGGUAAAAGUACCCUCGGUCAGUUGAUUAUGCGAUUUUAUUCCCCGACGUCAGGAGAAAUCCUAAUUGAUGGGCACCCAAUUAAUUCGCUGAAAAUUGACUGGCUUCGAAAAAAUGUCAGUAUACUCGAACAAAAGUCGGUUUUAUUCAAUGAUUCCGUCUUGCAGAAUAUCAAAUUUGGGCGUCCCGCUGCAGAAUCAGUCUCUGCGAAAGAUAUCACGGUUUCGAUCGAACUAGCAAUGCUGGAUAACAUGAUCGAAGGCUUACCCAGAGGGAUUGAUACAGCCGUUGGUUCAGGUGGAAGCUUUCUAAGCGGUGGUCAAAGGCAAAGAGUCGCAAUUGCUAGAGCCAAGUUGCGCGAUGCUCCAAUCUUGAUCAUGGAUGAAGCAACUAGUGCUUUGGACCAUACUAACCGUGUUGCAGUCAUGAAGGCAAUACGUCAAUGGCGCGAAGGGAAGACAACUAUCAUUAUCACUCAUGACAUGUCGCAAAUUCUAGAGGAUGAUUUAGUUUAUGUCCUGGAGCAUGGAUCUAUCAUGCACUCCGGCUUCAGGCAAGAACUUGGGAACCGCGCAGGAUGUGAGAAAUACUUUCCUUCGGCUAUGAGAUCUGAUCAUGAGAAAGGAGGCAUAGGGAGAGGAAGUACCAAGGCAAAGCACACUUCAUCUGCGCUCUCAGCAAUUGACAGCCUUCGUCUGCCCAAAAGAUCAUUUCACAGGCGGCGCUCAUCAUGGGCACAGCAUCAUCUUCCUCCCGGGUUUCGGUCAAGUACCUAUGGAAUGGCAGCCCAAAGACACUCUUUCCAUGCAAAUAUUCGUUCAGAUGGAAGCAGUGAUAGUGCUGACCAGCGAACUCCCUCAUAUCUUCCAUUCAACAAUUCAAUCCCCGAUCUCACUUCCCCACUAUCGCCUGUGUACGAUGGGAUAGCAGGAAAAGACAUCGAGAUGGUUGAAAUAAACAGCCUAAAAUUAGAAAUUGGAAGCUCGUUGCAAUAUGCCUCCCCCAGCCCAAUACAAUAUCUCAAUCCAAAAUCUUCAAAACGGCUCGGCCAUAAGCGCAAAGCAUCAAAACCAACAGAGCAAAAAAAAGAUCAUCAACCUUCAUUGGCCCACAUUAUGGGGACAAUUGUUCCGAACUUGGAUUUCAAACAACGCCUUAUUCUUCUUGUGGGAGUUCUAUCAGCACUGGCCCACGCAAGUGCAACGCCGGUGUUCUCAUAUUGUCUCUCGCAGUUAAUCAGCACCUUCUAUGCUGGUAGCCAGAGCGCGAACCUAGCCAGGAAAUGGUCCCUCGCUGUUUUGGGUGUAUCCUGUGGAGAUGGGUUAUCAUCCUUCUUCAUGCAUUAUUCCUUGGAAUUCUGCGCUGAGGCAUGGCUGGACUCACUCCGUGGGAAAGCAUUCGAACGCAUUCUUGGACAGCCAAAGGUCUGGUUCGAAAAGGAAGGACAUGGUUCAUCCAGACUUGCGUCUUAUCUUGACCAGAAUGGAGAAGACAUGCGUAAUCUUCUAGGUCGUUUUGCUGGAUUUGUCAUCGUGGCAGCUGGGAUCAUGAUCAUGGCUGUUAUCUGGAGUUUGAUCGUGUGUUGGAAGCUUACAUUGAUAUCUCUUGCCUGUGGUCCGUUCAUUUACGCCAUCACUCGCGGUUUUGAAGGAACGAAUGGCUUGUGGGAGAGGAAAUGCAGUAGUGCAACCAGCGUAGCGAUAGAUAUUUUUGCGGAGACAUUUUCGGAGAUUCGAACUGUUCGGUCGUUGACGCUUGAAACAUACUUCCAGAAAAAACACGUUGAUGCUGUGACACGCUGUCUGAAGAUUGGGUUGAAGCGUGCUCUUUACACUGGCUUGCUAUUUGGGAUGGUGGAAUCGACUGUCAUGUUUGCAUGCGCCCUGAUUUUCUAUUACGGAGCACUCCUCGCCGCUUCUGAAUUUGCAGUGGACGAUGUUGUCCAAGUCUUCUCUCUACUGUUGUUCAGUAUUGGGUACGCGGCACAGAUUCUAUCGUGGAUUCCCCAAAUCAACACGUCACGCGAGAUAGCCAGUCGUCUUCUCGAACUCUCAAAACUUUCCAAGUUCGGAUCCCAUGAGCACCGAGGCUCCCUAAUCAUCUCCAACUUGACGCCAAUCAGGCUAAGAAAUGUGUACUUCCGAUACCCCUCAAGGCCAGACACAGUGGUCCUAAAAGACGUUUCGAUGACUAUCUCACAGAACACUUGUACAGCCAUCGUGGGUCGAUCCGGAUCUGGAAAGUCAACCAUUGCCUCACUACUGGUCGCGCUUUACGAAUCUCCAGAAUCCCAAACCGGAGACCCCACGAUAACGCUUGGAGGAGAAGACAUCUCACGAUUGCACGUUCCUACCCUCCGUUCUCAUAUCGCCAUUGUAUCGCAGCAACCAACAAUCUGUCCAGAAAGCAUCUACGCUAACAUAAUCUAUGGCAUCGAACUUCAAUCACCAAUGUGCUCAAUGGACAGUGUCCGCGCUGCAGCAAAAGCAGCUGGCAUUGACGAUUUCAUCACAUCUCUUCCCAAGGGAUACUGGACCGUGAUUGGUGACGGAGGUAUCGGCCUCUCUGGAGGACAGAAACAACGCAUUGUCAUCGCUCGCGGUUUACUGCGCCACCCUCAGAUCCUUAUCUUAGACGAAGCUACAUCUGGCCUUGAUCCAGCCGGGGCAGAAAUUGUUCGUCGAACUAUUCAACAUCUGGUAUCUGUACGUCCGGAUCUGACGGUUAUCAUCAUCACGCAUUCCAAGGAAAUGAUUGAGAUAGCAGAUCAUGUCAUCGUACUUGAUCAGGGGGUGGUGGUGGAGGAUGGUUCAUAUCGAGUGCUUUCACAGCGGAUAGGUGGUAGAUUGUAUGAGUUGAUCAAUGACCCCGAGGACGAGACUUAG